AUGGCACAAACGGCAGGCAUACUAACGGAAAAGUUGGACACAUUAUUACCUUCAGGAGGCAUGUAUAAGAAGUUCGGUGAAGAAUUCGAAAGCUGCGGUUAUAAUGCUAAGAGUAAAGUGUCAGAUGCCCUGGAGCAAUAUUCUGAAGUUAAAACAUAUGUGGAUAACAUUUGGUAUGCAGUGUGCUAUGCAUCAGGAAUGGCAGGACAUGAGGGUUCGAAGAGCGAAUACUGCCACUACCUAUAUUAUUGGAUGUGGGAAAAAUUAUUAGGUACUUUAGCUGAAGAGAAAAUUUCAGGCGCUAUGAGAAAGAUUUACGAAAAAGUAAAGGCAUAUGAUAACAGGUUUCAGUGUACAGAUAUGUACCCGUCCAUUAGCAUAGAACUCCCUAAGAAAAUGAAGAAGUUAUAUGAUUACACCAGAGACUACGACACUAUAAAACAGCAGUUAACCGAUAGUGGAUCCCGCUGUGAUCAACUCUGUAAAAAUUAUUUGGACAACAUUCAUACAGCUUUCAAAGCUAUGGAAUCAAAAUGUAAUGAUGGCAGUGGUGAGGACAACAGUAAACGCUAUUGUCAAGACUUCAAAAGCUGGUUCGGCAGUAACCAACAGUAUAAGGAACUGUUGGAAAAGAAGUGUAAAACAGGAACUGAAGCGAAGGAUGCAGUCGACAUGCACGUAGAAGCUCUUUUACCGCAAGUUUCCGUAGCAAGGGAGGUUGCUCGGUCUAAAGUGGAGGAGCAGUCGCAGUCUCCUACUUAUAUACCCCCCUCCACUGGGGAAAGGACUGUUGCUGCUACCUCCUCCGUAGUUGCAUUAAUAGGACUACCAGCAGCGGCCGUUUUUUUUCUGUACAAAUAUAAUCUUUUACCCACCUGGAUUGAUAACCAAUUUAAGGGAGGAAGGAACAGAACCAGAAAAAAAAGAACAUCUGACACCAGGCGCAACUUUGACACAUUAACAACAGAAACAUCAACAAUAGCCCCUACCGAAUAUUACAAUGGCAAUUCAACAACAUUAGGCUCCACAUUAGACUCAGCGUACGAA